CUGCCCUGUUCUAGUGACCUCCGCGGCGUGGGCACGCGGCGUGCCCAGCCCUUCCUUCCCAUCCCUACAAAGUCUCUUUGCCACAAAGUCCUUCUGGCGGGAGGCGGAGCGCUUCGCCCAAGACCGCCACACCCACCGGGGGUAGCAUUGCAAGGCCACCUCUGUGUCGCUGACGCCUGAAGCCGUUUCAAACAGGCCAGUUAGUUCAGCAAGCCUCAUGGAUGUCGUAGGAGUAGAAGGCCGGAGGCUGGUCUGAAACUGUAACUUCAGCCCGCCCCCCCCCAAAAAAAACACCAACCUACAGGCUUUUUGGGAGCGCGAAGUAAAGGUGUGAAUGCUUGCCUUCAGACGUGACUGUGGCACGUGUUCGCAGGACCUGAAGAGCCUGGGAACCGCUCUAGCUGUCUCAACGCCUCUGUGUCUGUACCGCCUUCCCAGGAACCUGGCCGGGCUUGGGCAAAUGUGUUGCUCUCUGCUUCAAGCUUCAUACCCAAGUAGCUUCAUACCCAAGUUGUGCUAUGCUUGGAAGCUGAAGGAUUAUUUUGAUGAAGAAGCAAUCUGGUCAAAUAUCUGUGGCUUUCAUUGGAGCAUGAAAAGUACAAUGACUUCACCAUGAGCUUACUUCGGCACUGUAAUGCUUUAAUGGUAAAUCUCUUGCCUUGUGACAAGCUUCAUUUCCGAGCGUGUUGUAAACAAGAACUGUGUGUGACAGUAUCUACAACAUGCUGUCACCAUUAACAAAAAUGCGGAGACCGUUUCAGCUGGCAUACAGGACCUGUCUUAUACCCCAUCACAGCUGUAGCUUUCCGUGCUUAAAAGGACAGCCCUCCUUGCUUAACUCUAGACACAAAACAUCUUCUUUGGCUCUGAGCUCCACACACCAGUGUCUACAUACAUCUGCUGCUGUUUGUAUUUCCAAGGAAAGGGAAUCCUUGGGCAAGGCAUCCUCUCCACCAGAAGACACUCGCCUUAAAGAACUCAAAGAUACGCUUUCCACACCAACUGGUUCAAUAGGGGCCCAGGAAGCCCCUGUGGAACCACAUUCUGAGGAACUUGAUCCCUUGCAAGACAAAUCUAUUAGCCUUGUGCAGAGAUUCAAGAAAACUUUUAAACAGUAUGGCAAAGUUCUGAUUCCAGUGCAUCUUGUGACUUCCAGCUUAUGGUUUGGAGCCUUUUACUAUGCAGCUUUAAAAGGAAUAAAUGUUGUUCCUUUCCUCGAAUUCAUAGGGCUGCCUGAAAGCAUAGUAAAUAUUCUAAAACAUUCGCAGAGUGGAAAUGCAUUAACUGCAUAUGCAAUGUAUAAGAUUGCCACUCCAGCCAGAUACACAGUGACUUUAGGAGGGACAUCUAUCACAGUGAAGUAUCUUCGUAAACAUGGCUACAUGUCUACACCACCUCCAGUCAAGGAAUACCUUCAGGACCGAAUGGAAGAAACAAAAGAACGACUGUCGGGGAAAAUGGAGGAAACCAGAGACAUGAUCAGUGGCAAAAUGGAAGAAACCAAAGAGAGGUUAACCGGGAAAAUGGAAGAAACUAAAGAGAGAAUAACAGAAAAGAUACAAGAAACCAAAGAGAAGGUUUCAUUUAUAAAAAAGAAAGAAUAGGAAAGUUAUUCCAGGUGUAGCAAAACCUAAGCAUUUUAAUCCUUCAGCAAACCUGGAAAAUAGGUUCUUGCUACUUCUGUUUCUGCUUUGCUAUUAUCUUUUGGCUGACUAGAAAGCACCACAAAAUUCGCCUGGUAUGUGAUCAAUAAAAAGUAACAGCCAGGUUCUAGAGAAGUGGUCUGUUUUGUUGAUGAGUAUCAGUGCUGUCUGCCUCUAUAUGAAGAAAGAAAAGGUUGUCUAAUGUUGCAUGAGCUGAUCUUUCUGUCCACACCCGCCAUCUCCGAAGCCAGGCAAUAGAAUGUUGAGUCAUGUGAACAAUGUCUUGAUUGUUGAAGAUGGUGUCAAUAUUUGUAAAUCAUUUAACUGUAAUGAGAUCAGGUAACUAUAAACCAUAUAUUCCAUUAUUCUGUUCUCUUAUCAAAGCCUGCCUUUUAAUGGAGUGAAAGUCUGAGCAGAACUGUACUGAUCUUAAUUGUAUAUUUAUAAUGCAAAAUAGGUAUUGACUUUUCCAUAAUUAGCCUAAAAUGAAUGUUGAAUUUCAUACCAAUGAUAAAGCUUUUAAAAAGGACAAAACCUGUCUGUUCAUGGAAUAGAUGUUGAUAUUUUUAUAGCUCUGUUUAGGGGAAAGCUAAAUGCUUCUACCCUUUAAAUGGAAGAGUAUUAGAACAUCUUCAUCAGGCUAAAAUUAACAGUACAGUAAAACUUAAAUGCUGUGGAUUAAUCUCAGUCUUCCUGGACAAAACUUAGACUUGUAUCUCCAUGGUUUUUAUUUGUUUUCUGUGUCAAUCCCUGCCUGAACCACCGUAUGAUAACUUAAUUUCCUGUUUAAAAAAGAAGAAGCUUGUGGAUAAGAAGUGAAAAAGACUGCCACAUCUAAGGAAAAAACCCCAACCUUUCCUAGUGUACCACUACUUCUGCUAUGACUGAAACAGUACAGUUGCUUCCUUUAAAUCAUUACAAGUGUUUUGGCAUCCAGCAAGUUUAAACUAUAUGUAGAAAACUGCUGUUUAAAUUAAUGGGAAUCCUGGAGACAAAUGCAAGUCUAGUCCCAAAAUCUGUCCUACCUAGUUUCAAGGCAAAUCAUUUGGGAAAACAUGUUUCUGUCCCUUUGCCCCCUCUCCCCCCCCCACCACCCCUCUGGUAAAGACACAAUGGCAAGUGAUUACUUAUUAUACUGAAGACUUGAGAACUAAUUGUGUAAUAUUGCCAUGUAGAGUUGAGCACCAUCUUUCAGUCUCCAGUUCAUUCAAGGCCUUGGAGUGGGUGGAUACUCUGAUCUGGUAAUACUUCUAGUCCCCUGACACACAAGUUCAUUCAGCCUUCACUAAAGAACCUCUGCCCCUUUUGCAUGAAAGGUCUUCUGAGCUGACAGUUGUGUUAGGGUUAAAGUGUGACCAUAUUUCCACUUGCAUGCACAGUCUUCCUCCUGGUGAAUCUACAUGCCAGCUGUGCACCCUACACUAUGACAUCCAAACCUGUAGGCUUUCUAUGGCCCUAGCACAGUGUGUGCUACUCGGUGGCUGCUGUCUCAUCCUGCAUGAUGUUCAUCCUCUUGUAUGGUCUCCUUUAACAGACUACCCAGUGGUGAGUUUUUCUCUUACUUCAUGUGCAUAUACUUCUUCCAUGUACUUCCAUGUAAAUGUAAGUGCUAUUACUAAGGAGGCUUUCACCAGAUAUCAAUAAAGAUUUGUGAUAAAAUGGUAACAUGCAUCCACCUAGUAAGGACUCUUAUAAGGGUGCUUUAUUUAAAGGGGGCUAGGUGGGUGAGAGAGAGAAGGUACUUCCAGUUGCCUUUCCUCACUUGACAAAGUGGCCUUGGGUUGGUUUGUCUUUUCUAAAAGGAGCAUGGUGGGAAAGCUACACUAUUGGGCAGUAACUCCAUAGCCUAGUGCAAGGCCUUAAAUCUGUUAGCUUUAUCUUUACAUAAAAAUUAACAUAUGUUGUAGUUGUAGCCCGGGGACAAGUCAUCUGUUUAUAGCAGCCUAGACACUGAUAAAACUGAAACCACUUCCUGCUUGUCCCUGCACUUACAAGCCAGUGCUAAGAAUGUAUUCUAACUUAAUGUCAGUGUAUUUAAAAUAUUUCCCACUCAUACCAAACUAUUGUCCAACUGAUGACACCAAGAUUUUACAAAUAGGCUGGGGCGGAGAGCAGAGUGUGUUAAAUCUGUUACACUUUACAUAAUCUGCCAGGUGUUGCUAUUCACUUUCAGUGGAGCUCUGCACCAGCCAUGCCGAAUGGCCUUAGCAAUGCAGCAGUAUUUGGUGGAUCACACUAUUGUUCAACCACUGUCCAAUUUGAUUCCUAAAGAAACUUGUCUUUUUUUCCCCUUAUAUCCACUCCAAUGGGAUCUUAUUGAAAUUUAAUGUUGCAACAACAUUAUUUAAAUUAAAAUACUCAAGCCACA